GCGAGUUGUCUUUCGGGUUGGCCAAUGAAUUGACGCCUCGCGCACAAUGUCUCGCGACAAGGGCGUUUCACUAGCAUGUCUGGGCGCGUUGGGCGGCGUCCGGAUAUAAAAGACUCCGCCCGAGCAGGCAGCCGCCAUUCUGGGGUUCGUUUAGAGGUUUGAAUUUUCUCGGAGAAAGACAGGCCGGCCACGAGGAAAAAAGAAACAAGCCGCAGCACCAUCUAAACCCUUGAAAGGAUCCUGAGAGGGGGGAAAGGGAAAACAGCAGCCACCAGCCCAACCACUUGUGUCUUCUGCCCCUUCCCACCUAUCUUGCCCACCCCACCAGCCCACGCUGCAUGGGACUUGAAAUCUGUGGCCGAAGGACCGUCACCACAUAACUUCAAAAAUAAUCAACCACCCACCCUCCCAAACCCACCCAAAUUCACUCAUCCAGCGUUUACUUUUUUGAAACCACUCAGAACUUUUUUUCUAUGACCCCCCUCCCUAAAUGGAGUUGGGUGGGGGGGAAAUGAAUACUGAGUUGGCCUUCAUUUUUUUAAGAGACUUUUUGAUCCAAUGAGGCCCCCCAAAUAAUUGAGUUUUGGGUCCUGGUUGGUUGUUUUAUUUUUUUUCUCCAAAAUUUUAACCCCCUCCCCCCCUGAGCCCGAGGUGCUGACGUCGCAAAAAAAUUGGAUAAAACCUCCAUCAUGGGUUCGGGUCCCAUAGAUCCCAAAGAGCUGCUCAAGGGCCUGGAUAGCUUCCUUAACCGAGAUGGGGAAGUCAAGAGUGUGGAUGGGAUUUCCAAGAUCUUCAGCCUGAUGAAGGAAGCACGAAAGAUGGUGAGUCGAUGCACUUACUUGAACAUUCUCCUGCAGACCCAGUCACCAGAAAUAUUGGUCAAGUUCAUUGAUGUUGGUGGCUACAAGCUUCUGAACAACUGGCUGACGUAUUCAAAGACAACCAACAACAUUCCCCUCUUGCAGCAAAUUCUGCUGACCCUGCAGCACCUCCCGCUCACUGUGGACCAUCUCAAGCAGAACAACACAGCCAAACUGGUGAAGCAGUUGAGCAAGUCAAGUGAGGAUGAAGAGCUCCGGAAAUUGGCUUCAGUCCUUGUCAGUGACUGGAUGGCUGUCAUCCGCUCCCAGAGCAGUACCCAGCCUGCUGAAAAAGAUAAGAAAAAACGUAAAGAAGAGGGGAAGAGUCGAACCACCCCUCCUGAGCGACCCUUGACUGAGGUGAAGGCUGAGACCCGGGCUGAGGAGGCCCCAGAGAAGAAGAAAGAGAAGCCCAAGUCUCUCCGAACCACAGCACCCAGUCAUGCCAAAUUCCGUUCCACUGGGCUAGAGCUGGAGACCCCGUCUUUGGUGCCUGUGAAGAAGAACGCCAGCGCAGUGGUGGUCUCUGACAAGUACAACCUUAAACCCAUCCCCCUCAAGCGUCAGAGCGCCACAGUUGCUCCAGGAGAUGCCGCACCCCCUGCAGAGAAGAAAUACAAACCACUGAACACCACCCCGAAUGCCACCAAAGAGAUCAAAGUGAAGAUCAUCCCACCACAGCCUAUGGAGGGCUUGGGCUUUCUGGAUGCGCUCAAUUCAGCCCCUGUUCCAGGCAUCAAAAUUAAGAAGAAGAAGAAGGUGCUGUCACCUACAGCAGCCAAGCCAAGCCCAUUUGAAGGGAAAACGAGCACAGAACCAAGCACAGCCAAACCUUCUUCCCCAGAACCAGCACCUCCUUGUGAGGCUAUGGACACAGACCGCCCAGGCACCCCAGUUCCCCCUGUUGAAGUCCCAGAGCUCAUGGAUACAGCCUCUUUGGAGCCAGGAGCACUGGAUACAAAGCCAGUGGAGAGUCCUGGAGAUCCUAGCCAACUGACCCGGAAAGGCAGGAAGAGGAAGACUGUGACGUGGCCUGAGGAGGGCAAACUGAGAGAAUAUUUCUAUUUUGAACUGGAUGAAACUGAACGAGUAAAUGUGAAUAAGAUCAAGGACUUUGGCGAGGCAGCUAAGCGAGAGAUACUGUCAGACCGUCAUGCAUUUGAGACGGCCCGGCGUCUGAGCCAUGACAACAUGGAGGAGAAGGUGCCCUGGGUGUGCCCGCGGCCCCUGGUUCUGCCCUCACCCCUUGUCACCCCUGGAAGCAACAGCCAGGAGCGAUACAUCCAGGCUGAGCGGGAGAAAGGAAUCCUUCAGGAGCUCUUCCUGAACAAGGAAAGUCCUCAUGAACCUGAUCCUGAACCCUAUGAACCUGUACCCCCGAAGCUCAUCCCCCUAGAUGAGGAGUGUUCCAUGGAUGAGACCCCAUAUAUUGAGACCCUAGAGCCCGGGGGAGCUGGUGGCUCACCUGAUGGGGCAGGUGGCUCCAAGUUGCCUCCCGUCCUGGCCAAUCUCAUGGGAAGCAUGGGUGCUGGGAAGAGCCCCCAGGGUCCUGGAGUUGGAGGAGGUAUCAAUGUCCAGGAGAUCCUCACUUCCAUCAUGGGUAGCCCGAGUAGUCAUUCCUCAGAGGAACUCCUGAAGCAACCAGACUAUUCAGACAAGAUCAAGCAGAUGCUUGUGCCACAUGGACUAUUAGGCCCUGGUCCAAUCGCCAAUGGUUUCCCACCAGGAGGCCCUGGGGGCCCCAAGGCCAUGCAGCACUUCCCCCCUGGGCCUGGGGGACCUAUGCCAGGUCCUCAUGGAGGCCCUGGUGGGCCAGUGGGUCCACGUCUCUUGGGUCCCCCACCCCCUCCACGAGGGGGUGAUCCCUUCUGGGAUGGCCCGGGUGACCCCAUGCGGGGUGGCCCGAUGCGGGGGGGUCCAGGACCUGGUCCAGGGCCGUACCAUAGAGGCCGUGGUGGCCGAGGAGGAAAUGAACCACCUCCUCCUCCUCCCUUCCGGGGGGCCAGAGGAGGCCGCUCUGGGGGAGGGCCCCCAAAUGGACGAGGGGGCCCUGGUGGGGGCAUGGUUGGAGGCGGUGGGCAUCGUCCACAUGAAGGCCCUGGCGGGGGCAUGAGCAGCAGCAGUGGACAUCGUCCUCACGAAGGCCCUGGUGGUGGCAUGGGUGGAGGUGGGGGACAUCGUCCCCACGAAGGCCCUGGUGGUGGCAUGGGCAGUGGCAGUGGCCAUCGUCCUCAUGAAGGCCCUGGCAGUGGCAUGGGCGGAGGCAGUGGACAUCGUCCCCAUGAAGGUCCUGGUGGAGGAAUGGGUGCUGGAGGUGGACAUCGCCCCCAUGAAGGCCCUGGUGGGAGCAUGGGUGGAAGUGGUGGACAUCGCCCGCAUGAAGGUCCCGGACAUGGGGGGCCCCAUGGCCACCGGCCUCACGAUGUCCCUGGUCACCGAGGCCAUGACCAUCGAGGGCCACCACCUCAUGAGCACCGUGGCCAUGAUGGCCCUGGCCAUGGAGGAGGGGGCCACCGAGGGCACGAUGGAGGCCACAGCCAUGGAGGAGACAUGUCAAACCGCCCUGUUUGCCGACAUUUCAUGAUGAAGGGCAACUGCCGCUAUGAGAACAACUGUGCCUUCUACCACCCGGGUGUCAAUGGGCCCCCCCUGCCCUAAGGACCACCUCCUCUGCCCCACCCACACACACCCUGUGGACUGCAGCCUUGCUCCUUCCACCUUGUUAUGGCUUCUGUGAGGCCCACAUUCCCCGUCCCCAGCUGAUGAGGAGCCGGCCCCCUCAGUUCCCACCUGCUUGGGUUUCUGGGGGUUUCUGAUCACUGGUGCGCAUCGAUGUACAUACUUUCCUCCAGUCUGGGGAGGAGAAAGACUGGAUACAUUCUGUACCCUGGACUGCUGAAGAGAAGACCCAGUUGGCUUCAUUUUUUGAGGAGAUUUGCCCUAUAACCCCAAACCCCUUUCCAGUAUUACCCUUUAUGCCUGAGAACCUAAAGCUGGUUAUUCUGGAGAACACCUCUACUCUCCUGUUGUGGGUCCUCCACAUGCACACACAACUGACGCGGGAUCAGCUGCACUUAUGAAAUCAUCCCAGCCAAGUUCAUUCUUCUCAUGGGGUGGGGAGAUGGUAAAAGGGGUAUUAUAUAUCCCACUGCACUGAGCGGGCUCAAUCAGGCUGGAUUUGAGUUCUGGAAUACAUCCUCCCCACUUCUGCCCUGACACAGGCUUUCCAUUGAGUCCUUUCUCAAGACUUUGCAACCUUCUGUGAAUACCCAAGUCUGCAUCAUGGGUCCGCUAGGUUCGGUGGUGGUCAGUUCACGGCUGCAUCCAGUGGAAGUUGUAGCUGGCGUAGGUGAGGCUGCUGGUGUUGGCCCACCCUUGCCUGCAGCUCAUUCUGGAAACUUUGUAAGACCCUUCAGUGAGACCAGCUUUUCAUCAACUUGCCCGCCCGCCGGGCCUGACCGUCACACUACAUGCACUGCCCUCGGGAGCUGGCACACUCUGCCCCACCUGGAACCUUGUCGGUGUGAGGCCUCUGGCUCCCUGCCCUGUCAGCCACCUCCGAGUCCCCCCAGGUGCCUUCCUGGGUGGGCGCCGCAAGCUGACGCGCCCUUCCCCAGCCCUCUCCUUCCCAGGUCUCGGCACCAGUUGUUUUCUAUGAAAACAGUGGAUCGGUUGGCUUUUGUGCAGGGUCUUGGGUUAGAGCCAUGAUGGAUUUGAGGGAUGAGUUUUUUUUUCUUUUGAUUUUGUAUAUUUUGUACAUUAAUAAACAGUGGAAAGAGAAGCAGCUUAUUUAAA